AUGAGCGAUCGUCAAUAUUUUAUAAAUAUGCAAUCUGUUAUUCAUAAUCAACUAUCUGCUCCAUCAUUCAAAAAUCUAAUAAAAUCAAGAUUUAUAAAUACCGGAAUAAUUCACGAAACAAUUGAAGAAGUCGAAAAACCAAAUCGCAAUGAACUUGAAGUUCGUUCUUAUCCUCAUGGAGAUUCUCUUCCAAGUCUUGCCCAUUUUACACAACCAGUAUCAGCACUUUGUUUGUCAAGUUCUUUACUUUUUAUUGGAACAAAAGAUUUUAAAGUAGUCAUGAUGAAUUUAAAUGAUGAUUCAAAUAAAUUAAAAUACUUUGAUGGACAUCAAGUACCAAUACUUCCAUUAAAUGUUUAUGAAGAAAAACGAUGGAUUGCAAUAUCAUCUUGUGAUGGUUAUGUUCGAAUAUUCAACAUUGAUAAACAACAUUUAACAAAACAAAUAAAUGUUAUUACGAAAUCAAAUGAUAUUGAAACUGCUACAUCGUUAGUCAAGCUCGACUGGGAUAAAACUGAUCAAGUUAUUAAUUUAAUUAGUUAUUCACCAUGUCGAACAUUAUUUAUUGUGGCUUAUGUUAAUGGUCAACUAUCAAUUGUUAAUCGUCUUACAUUUGAUAUUUUUAUGAAUUAUUCAUCGAAAGAUGUUGUUUGUUCAUUAGCUUGGAACCCAACUCAACAAAAUCGAUUUCUACUUGUUCUACAAUGGCUUUAUUCACCAUGUCGAACAUUAUUUAUUGUGGCUUAUGUUAAUGGCCAAUUAUCAGUUGUUAAUCGUCUUACUGUUGAUAUUUGUAUGAAUUAUUCAUCAAAAGAUGCUGUUUGUUCAUUAUCAUGGAAUCCAACUCAACAAAAUCGAUUUACUUGUUCUACAAUGGCUGAAGAAAGCGAAGUCGAGAAAAUGAGAACAAUAAGUGGCGAUGAUGAAUCUGAAUCAAUAUCAAAUGAUGAUGAAGAAAUAAAAGAAGAAAAAGAAAUAAUUCCAAAAUGGUUUGAACGUGCAUCAACAAUGAUAAAUGAAAGAAAAUUAAUUGAAUUACAAGAAUCAUUUCAAUCAACAUCAACAUCAAAAUAUCUUGAAAGUCGUUAUUUAAUAUGGAAUAAUAUAGGUACAAUAACAUGUUAUAAUGAACAAAUUCAAAUAUCAUUUCAUGAUGUAUCAUAUCAUCAUUCAAUAACAAUUGAUAAUAAAACAGAUAAAUAUAAUAUUGCUGAUUUAUCAUUAUCAUCAAUUGUACUUGCUUCAUCUGAUACAGGUAAAUUUUUAUGUAUAUUAUAUCAAUCAUGGGAUUCAAAUAUGCGUCAAUGGACAUUAAAUACUGAAAAUAAUGAAAAAAUUGAAACUAUUAAUUUAUGUGAAGAUUUUAUUGUUAUUGGAACAUCUCAAAGAUUAAUACGUUUAAUGAGUUUAUCAGGUAUUCAACAAAGAAUAAUUCGUCUUCAAGGUCCAAUUAUUUCUAUAUCAUCUUAUCAAAAUCAAUUAUGGAUUAUUCAUCAUUCGACACAAGGUCUUUCAAAAGAACAAUCUAUGUCAUAUGUUUAUAUUGAUAUUGAAAAUGAUAAUUAUUUAACUGGUUCAUUACCAUUAACACCAAAAACAAAAUUAAUUUGGAUUGGUUUUUCUGAUAGUGGAAAAUGUUAUUAUUUAGAAAAAUCUGGUUAUUUAAGUAUGCUUAGACGUACAAAUGGAAAUGAAUUUGAACCAUUAUUAAUUUUCCUGAUUUUGUUGCAUAUUUAA